CACAUAUUUUGUGUGCAUGUGUCGUGCUUGGCUGGUGUCCUUGAUUUAACGUACGGGGAACUUAACACGAUUGCAAAAGUAAGAUGGCAGCAAAACAAACUAAAAAAGAUGACAAGGAAGAAGCAUCAAUGGAUCCAAAGACUGCAAGAAAAUUGUUUGAUGAAGGUGCUAUGUUGGUCUUUCUUGAUGUACCUGCUGGUACUGAGUUUGGUAUCGACUACAAUUCUUGGACUGUUGGAACAAGAUUUCGUGGUGUAAAGAUGAUACCACCGGGUCUUCAUUUCAUCUACUAUAGCGCCAUAAGUCAGGGGUCCACCAAUGUUGGAAUGCGUACUGGAUUUUUUCAUUAUUUUAAACAGAGGGAAAUUCUUGUGAAAAAGUGGGACGUGAGGCUAGAAGAUAUAUCUGAUUACCAACCAACAGAGGAUGAAAUUAAGCAGUAUAAGUGUAAUCGCAGAGAACUUGAUUCCUUCAUGGGUCCCUAUCCCUAUCAUAGCUUAAAGCAAUGGGUAUCAUUGAGCACUUUUGUGAGUGAGACACUAAUGAACAGUCUAAUCCCAGAUAAUGGAAAAAUCCAGUCUGUGACUGAACUAAUUGGUGACAAGGAAUCUAGAACUACAGAACAGCGUGCUGAGAUCCGUGCAAGUUUACCAGAAGAUGCAACAGUGGAGCAGCAGAUGCCGCAAAUGCACGUGAAUCCAGAAACAAAAAUCAAAUUCACAGAGAUUCCUACAAAGCAUCCCACAAAUGCCAAUCCAGAACAGCUGACAAAAUACAACAUGGAUUCCACUUAUUCAUUACAGACUCUCAUAGAAUCACAAUAUGAAGCCAACAAGCUAGAUCUGUUAGGAGAAAUGCAGUUUGCUUUUAUUUGCUUCUUACUUGGCCAAGUAUAUGAUGCCUUUGAGCAUUGGAAGUCUCUAGUUCAUCUUUUGUGCAGUGCACAAGAAGCAAUCUCCACUCACUCUGACUUGUACAACUCAUUCAUCACAGUUCUUUACUUUCAGUUAGGGGAAAUUCCUAAAGACUUUUUUAUUGAUAUUGUCUCCAGUAAUAAUUUCCUGACAACGUGUCUAACAGAGUUUUUUCAGAAUUUAGAAGAUUCAUCUGCUCAUGAAGAAUUAAAAAGUCGUGGUCGGAAAUUUAAGAAAAGUCUGACUAGAAAAUUUAAAUGGGAUUUUGAUGAUUUAGAAUGUGGGGAAUAUGCACCUCAAGUAGUCAUGUUUUGAUUUUCACAAUCCUGUGAUUUGUAAUGUUUAACAACACCUUCAGUUUAUGUAAAUAAUUCAUUCUUUCUGCAAAUAUACCGUUUCAUAUACUGUGCUCAUCAAAGAAA